UUACUUAAUUAGGUGGGCCUAAGCAAACUGACAAGACAUAUCAAAGCACUUGAAAAUUAUUCCCAAUAACGAUGGCGAAGAAAACGAACUACAAGCUGAGCGAGCGCAACUUGGACAUCCGUGCGGACAAGGCGUUCGUGGACGGUCUGCUGAAGGACCUUAGCUUGGACGCUGGCCCACAGGCUCGCGGCGUUCUCCUGGACCUGACUUACACCUUGGCAAGGGACAAGCUGGUGGAGGCCCACCGCUUCACCAAGAUGGCGAGCCGCACCAACGUGAGUGCCGAGGAUCUGAAGAUGACGGGGCUGGAGAAGGACCGUCAGCAGAGUCAGAGCGAGGACCCGAGCAAGCGUCCCACGCAGCCCCUGGCCAAGCCCACCAGCCAGAAUGCUGGCCUGUCCCUGCCGCGUUUGGGCGGGGGAGCAGUGCUGCCCACCUCGCGCAACUAUCAGGUGGGCGUGAAGGCCGUUCUGAAGGACAACAACACUCAGGGGGCCAAGCCGAAGCAGAGGAUCGGUGUGCCGGCUAAGCCGGUGGCUCCUGCUGCCAGUCCUUUGGUGAAGGCCGUUCUGAAGGACAAUGGCACUCAAGGAGCCAAACCGAAGCAGCGGAUCGUAAAGCCAGCGCAGCCGGGGACUCCUUCUGCCAGUCCUUCAGUGAAGGGCAUUUUGAUGGACAAAGGCAAUCAAGGGGCCAAACCGAUGCAGGGGAUCGGUAUGCCGGCCAAGGUGGUGGUACCUGCUGACGCUCCCUCUACUACCGGAGCUUCCGUGGAGAACACUCAAGGCGCCAAACCGAAGCGUAGGACCGGAAAGCCGGCCAAGUCGGUGGAAUCAGGUGUCAUUUCUUCCACUUUCGCUGCUUCCGUGGAGAACAUUCCGAAAGACAAUAGCACCCAACUGGCUAAGCCAAAGCGUAGGAUCGGAAAGUCGGCUAAGGCGGUGGAGCCUACUGACACUCCUUCCACGUCUGCUGCUCCCAAGAAGGACAUUCAAGGGGCCAAGCCGAAGCGUAAGACUGGGAAGACGGCUAAAUCGGUGGCAUUUGCCGACCCUCCUUCCAGUUUCUCGGCUGUCACUCCUUACACUUCCGCUGCUUCCAGAUCUUCCGCGAAGGACAUUCAAGGGGCCAAGCCGAAGCGCAGGAUCGGAAAGCAGGCUAAGUCGGUGACACCUGCUAAUACUCCCAACCCUUCCAGUUCCGCUGCUUCCGUGAAGGACAAUCCGAAGGAAAAGAGCACCCAAGGGGCCAAACCCAAGCGCAAGAUCGGAAAGCAGGCUAAGUCGGUGGUACCUGACACUUCUUCCGCUUCCAUUGCUUUUACCCCAUCCACUUUCGCUGCUGGCAGUCCUUCCAGGCCUUCCACUUCCGCUGCCGCCUUUCCCUCCACUCCUUCCAUUUCCGCUGCUGCUGCCUUUCCUUCCACUCCUUCUAUUUCCGCUGCUGCCUUUCUUUCCACUCCUUGCACUCCCGUUGGCCGUCCUCCAAUAAGCACUCCGCGGGUCUGCAAAACGCCACGCAUCAGAAUUAUCCAUAAGAAGUAGGCUAUGAAUGAUAUCACCUUAUUAUACGCCUAAUGAUACUUUCCCGAUUUAAUAAACAUCUCAAGCUAUUUGUUAGCUA